GACCGAAUGACGGUAUUUGAUCGGUGGCCAUCAAAGGUUUGAUCGGUGGCCGCCAGUUUGCAAGGGUCAGGUGCUGGCGGCGGAGUCAUCAUCGCUACUGUACUGUAAUUUGUAUGGAAUUUAACAUAAUUCUAAGGCUAUUUAGGAUCAUUGAAAUACGCAGUUUGGAGUGCUUCGAGUUCAUGGCGAUCGCUUUGCAUUCAGCGCAUAUAUACCCAACUAGCAUCUACUCGAAAACUUUGUCGAAUAUGUUGAAAUGAUUGAAGAGACCCCAUUUUGGGCAAGAUUAAAUGAGUAUCUUGUAAUGUCCAGUCGUGCCAGCGUAAUCGAUAGACCAAGGCGGCGAUGUCAUUCGAGAUAUGUGGUCUGUGCACUACGAGCUCACCUCAUGAUCCACAAAACUUCCAUAACCAUCAAGCUCAAACAUCACGCCUCCUCGCACGCAUUCCCAGUUUCUCACAACUCGCAAUUGCAAUGGCUUCUCCAAGUAGUUGCAUUGUGGGUGCCGUCAAGGGUAUCGGUCGGCCCAGUACACUCCAAUCCGCCCUCCGAACUUCUUCACGACGAACUUUCGCAACAACACGGAACUCGUAUGCAGCCAGUGCAUGGAAUAAAUCAGGGGAGAAGGGAGCGCCAUGCCAUCUGCAAAGACAGAUGGUGUAUCGAAAAGACCUUCUGAGUAGAAUGCGUGGAACAUCGGCACAGCCUGCACGGCCAUUCUCGAAUUCAACACCACGAAGUGCCCUCAAGACGAUUGAACAAGUCAAGGCGCGGAACAAGGGAGGUCCAUUCAAUGUUACAGCUGCGAUACUCUUCAUCGGUACGGCCGUCGGAUUGUGGGUGUAUUUCACAUACGAGAAAGAACGCCUGGCGCGGAAAAAGAUAGCAGAUGAGACCAAGGGGAUCGGAAAACCAAAAGUUGGUGGUCCGUUCAACCUAGUUGAUCAAGAUGGGAAGCCAUUCUCAAACAAGGACAUGGAGGGGAAAUAUGCGCUGGUCUAUUUCGGAUUCACGCACUGCCCUGAUAUUUGCCCCGAUGAACUUGAUAAGAUGUCUUUGAUGUACGACAAGACUGUAGAGAAAUGCGGCAACGUCUUGCUCCCCAUCAUGAUCACCUGCGAUCCCGCGCGCGACACACCUGCUGUUCUGAAGGAAUAUUUGCAGGAGUUCCAUCCUGACAUCAUUGGUUUGACUGGAGAGUACGAGAACAUUAAGCAGACUUGCAAGGCAUACCGCGUAUACUUUUCUACACCACCAACUGUGAAACCUGGCCAGGAUUACCUUGUAGAUCACAGCAUCUACUUCUACCUCAUGGAUCCAGAGGGUGACUUUGUGGAAGCUAUUGGUCGAAAUUUCACCGCCGACCAAGCGGCCAAAGUGAUUACAGAUCACAUCAAAGACUGGGAGAAGCCUCUGAAGAAGGAGCAGCGCUGGGCAUAGGAUCUACUCUAACGAUUGGCGCACCAGCACUCAUUACCCCUGUAGAGUAUCGCAAGAUCAUUGUUGAAUGACAUCUGUAUAGAGUAAGUUUGUAAGGUAUCAAUGUACACGUAUACUACACGUUAUGAGGCUGAUGCCACUGGUCAAUGUGCAUAUUUUGAAUCUUAGUCUGUGAUUGUGAUUGUCGUCCUGAACAAACCAGUAAUUAUCAGAGAAUAUUAAGCCAGUUAGGGUCGAAUAUAGUCAGGAGUUUUACUCAGAUCUACCAGAUCCACUACUAUUUCUUUAAGUAAUUUACUAGCUAGAACGAGUAAGGUAC